AUGGCUAGUAAAAAUUCGCACGUCUUCCGGGUGACAGGCCUUUCGAGGGCACUGCCUGAUGAGAAUCUUCAGACCGCAUUACAAGAGGCACUUAACGACAACUUCACCGACGACGAGAGGUCGCACAUGAAGGCUGAGAUCACGAUCGUGCCUUCAUGCUACGAAAGUGACACACAGAGGGUGGCGCUGGUGCAGUUUCGCGGCGGGGUGCCUCAGUUCCUUCAUGAGCUGAGAGUUGAUCCACUCGGAGACUGGCAGGUCGAGAUGGGAGACGAUGACCUUGACUUCGACUGCCACUUCCUUGGGUUCACCCAGCUCUACUCGCCAGACGAGAAGGAGCCAGUGGCUGCAGAUGUCAUUGCCAUUGCCGGACUGGAUGGACAUGCGUACGGAUCGUGGCAGGGCAGAGGCAACCUCGGUCGAAUGUGGCUCCGUGACUUUCUGUCGAAGGAUCUUCCGCAGUGCCGUACGAUGAUCUAUGGGUAUAAUUCCAAGCUGUCGAGCCACGGUGUCGAUACGAUCCUCGACUAUGGGCGGGAGCUGAUGGAGGAGAUCAAGAAAAUCCGGAACACAAAGGAGCUCCAGCAGAGACCUCUGAUUUUCAUCGCGCACAGCUUUGGAGGCAUUAUCUUGGCUCACUGUCUGGUAAGGGCCAUCCAGACGAUGGAGGAAGACCACCCAGCGAUCACGUCGCUGCAUCGAGCCACGUACGGCAUGAUCCUCUUUGCCAUCCCCCACAAAGGAUUAGUGAUGGACGAUAUCCAGCAGAUGCUAGCAGGCGACAGGAGCCAUCCGCGAGAGCAGUUGCUGCAGCAGAUCUCUAGUAAAUCGGACCUUCUGGUCCACCAGCUAGUGGAUUUCAAAAAUCUGAUCCGGGACCGGAAGGUGGUCAGCUUCUACGAGACGGAGCAGACCAGGCAGUUAAAAUUAGACGCGGAAAGCGGGCGAUGGAAACGCACUGGAAAUUAUAUGACGACGGUGGGCGCAGACUCGGCCCUUCUCCAGCUCCCCGACCAUGUAGAGGACAAGGUGCCGCUGCAUGCAGACCACUCGAGGGUGGUCAAAUUCGACACGCGCAACGCGGCCGGGUAUCGCACGACGCUCGAGAAACUGCGGCAGUUCUCAACGGACGCGCCCUCGGUGGUGGCGGCUCGGUUUGCGCAGACGCGUCCGAAGCCCCAGCCAUGUUCCACGGUCCCUUUUAAGAAGGACCCGAUGUUUGUUGGCCGCAAGGCUGUCAUCAGUGCCAUCCAGGAAAGACACAAGGCGAUCGGUCAGCGUCAUGAGCGGGUGGCAUUGGUGGGGUUGGCCGGCGUUGGAAAAACCCAGACAGCCAUCGAGUAUUCUUUCAAUGUACGAGAUCGAGCCCCGGACACGUGGGUUUUUUGGAUCCACGCUAGCAAUGCGGCGCGGUUGGAACAGGGCUACCAGCAGAUUGCCGCGGUCGCGGAGAUUCCGGGACAGGAGGAUCCGAAGACGAACAUCGUCCAGCUCGUGUAUCAUUGGCUGUGUGAUCCAGGCAAUGGGCGCUGGCUGAUGGUGCUAGAUAAUGCGGAUGAUGACAGUAUAUUCUUCAGUGGAAAUGAAUCCAAUGAACGAGGGCUACUGGUAAGCUUCCUGCCCCAGGCUGCCCAUGGAUCCAUCCUGAUCACAUCGCGAAAUGGCCUUGCGGCACGGAAUCUGGUGGGGAGCGACGGUCAUGUAAUCCAGGUUCAGCCAAUGAGUGAGGAAGAGUCCCUCGCCUUGUUACGGGCCAGGAUUCCGCCCCCCCGGCCUGGAGAGUCUGGAGAGGACGAGAAGGCACUGGUCGGAGCACUAGAAUACAUUCCGCUGGCCAUCACCCAGGCGGGGUCUUAUAUUGCGAAUCGAUCACCUCGGGUCUCGGUCUCCCGGUACCUUCAGUUGUUCCGUGAGAGCGAGUCGAACCAGACACAUCUUCUGCAGCACGAGGACGCCAAGGACCUCCGGCGGGACCCCAGUAUUCGGUAUGCGGUCAUUACGACAUGGCAGCUAUCCUUCGACCAAAUCCGCCAGGAGCGGCCAGCGUCGACGGACUUACUUGCGUUAAUGAGCAUGUUUGAUCGACAGGGGAUCCCCGAAGGCCUCGUCCGUACGGAUGGUGAUGGGCUCCAGUUUGAAGAUGCAGUGGCGCCGCUGAUCAGUUAUUCUCUGGUUCGGGUUGAACUUGAAACAGGGUCAUUUGAUAUGCACCGACUUGUCCAGUUAUCGGUCCGGACGUGGCUAGCGAUCCACCUCGAGCUGGCACAGUGGCAAGAAGAGUCGCGAGCUAUCAUGGCCGAGAUGUUUCCCAAUGGAGAAUACGAGAGCUGGGCUGAAUGCCAAAGGCUGCUUCCGCAUGCGAAAGAGGUGACGAAGCCUAUCUCUGAUACAGUUGAUAGAGAUCGAUUGAAUGAGGCCACCCUCUUAUCUAAUUGUGGAUGGUUUCUAGAUCUUCAAGGAGCUUAUGAAGAGGCGGAAGCGAUGCAUCGACGGGCGUUGGAAGCACGAGAGAAGGUGCUUGGACGCGAGCAUCCCUCCACGCUCACCAGUGUCAGUAACCUUGGUAGUGUGCUUGACAGCCAAGGGAAAUAUGAAGAGGCGGAAGCGAUGCAUCGACGGGCGUUGGAAAAACGAGAGAAGGUGCUUGGACGCGAGCAUCCCUCCACGCUCACCAGUGUCAGUAACCUUGGUAGUGUGCUUGACAGCCAAGGGAAAUAUGAAGAGGCGGAAGCGAUGCAUCGACGAGAUCUAGAAGGCAGUGAGAAGGUGCUUGGACGCGAGCAUCCCGACACGCUCACCAGUGUCAGUAACCUUGGCAGCGUGCUUGACAGCCAAGGGAAAUAUGAAGAGGCGGAAGCGAUGCAUCGACGGGCGUUGGAAGGAUAUGAAGAGGUGCUUGGACGCGAGCAUCCCCACACGCUCAGCAGUGUCAGUAACCUUCACAAUGUGCUUGACAGCCAAGGGAAAUAUAAGGAGGCGGAAGCGAUGCAUCGACGGGCGUUGGAAGCACGAGAGAAGGUGCUUGGACGCGAGCAUCCCGCCACGCUCACCAGUGUCAGUAACCUUGGCUUCGUGCUCUCCAGGCAAGGGAAAUAUGAAGAGGCGGAAGCGAUGCAUCGACGGGCGUUGGAAGCACGAGAGAAGGUGCUUGGACGCGAGCAUCCUGACACGCUCAGCAGUGUAAGUAACCUUGGCAGUGUGCUUGACAGGCAAGGGAAAUAUAAGGAGGCGGAAGCGAUGCAUCGACGAGCGUUGGAAACACGAGAGAAGGUGCUUGGACGCGAGCAUCCCCACACGCUCAGCAGUGCCAGUAACCUUGGCAAUGUGCUUGACAGGCAAGGGAAAUAUAAGGAGGCGGAAGCGAUGCAUCGACGAGCGUUGGAAACACGAGAGAAGGUGCUUGGACGCGAGCAUCCCGACACGCUCACCAGUGUCAACAACCUUGGCAGUGUGCUUGACAGGCAAGGGAAAUAUAAGGAGGCGGAAGCGAUGCAUCGACGAGCGUUGGAAACACGAGAGAAGGUGCUUGGACGCGAGCAUCCCGACACGCUCACCAGUGUCAACAACCUUGGCAGUGUGCUUGACAGGCAAGGGAAAUAUAAGGAGGCGGAAGCGAUGCAUCGACGAGCGUUGGAAACACGAGAGAAGGUGCUUGGACGCGAGCAUCCCGACACGCUCACCAGUGUCAACAACCUUGGCAGUGUGCUUGACAGGCAAGGGAAAUAUGAAGAGGCGGAAGCGAUGCAUCGACGAGAUCUGGAAGGGAGUAAUAAGGUGCUUGGACGCGAGCAUCCCUCCACGCUCACUAGUGUCAAUAACCUUGGCUUAGUGCUCUCCAGCCAAGGGAAAUAUGAAGAGGCGGAAGCGAUGCAUCGACGGGCACUAGAAGGGAGUGAGAAGGUGCUUGGACGCGAGCAUCCCUCCACGCUCACCAGUGUCGAUAACCUUGGCAGUGUGCUCUCUAGCCAAGGGAAAUAUAAAGAGGCGGAAGCGAUGCAUCGACGGGCGUUGGAAGCACAAGACAAAAUUUAG